CCCCUAAUCCGUUCUUUCGUCGAUCGAAGACCAGGUGAUCGCUCCCAUCCUAAACUCCAAUUAUCACUCGGUCCGGUUUUAGGGCCUUCCUGUUGCCUUCUUCUUGCGGUGUUGAACCUAUUGUCUUCGAAGUUACUGCCUCUUAUCUCACGUGGCGAAUGAUCCAAAGGGAGUGUAAGGAUUUUGAUCGUUACUAGAGGGGGAAAGAAGACACAAGUGAUCAUGGAUAAGGAUAGAACCCAUGACUGGGAGACUCAUGGAAGGAGCAAUGACAUCGACGAGAGCACACCGAUGGACAAAGUCAAAGCUCCCAAUGUGUUUGAACGAGCAAAGGAAGAGAUCGAGGCCCUUGUAGAGACUAUCCACUCGAAGAGAACCCCAGAUCAUGAGCAACAUGCAAAGAAAGAUGGGUCAAAGGAAGGGACUGAAGAACCUCUGCACAAGGAGAAAACACAUCAUAAGGAGACCCAUGGCAUGAGUGAUGAUAUUGAUGAGGACACUCCUAUUGAUAAAGUCAAAGGCCCAAACGUGUUUGAACGAGCCAAGGAAGAAAUCGAAGCUAUCGUGGACACUAUACAUCCAAAAGAUGAAUCCAACAGUACGCCACAAAAGAAGAAAGAUGGAUUCUGGGAAUUCCUUGCAAAAUGUUUUGGUAAAUUCUGCUCUCCUCGUAGCCGAAAGAGAGAUUAGCUGUAAAGUUCUAUGUGAGUUUUGCUGAUUGGUUUCCCAUAAAUCGACAAAUUGCUUGUGCGCUUAUUUGUGCAGCGAAAAGUAUGAGGUCCUGCAAACAGUUCACAUUCUGGUUUGCUUGCAGAAUCAA